UUGGGGGCUUGGGGGCCUGGGGACUUGGGACCUGGGGACUUGGCACUCCUUUGGCCUUCCUGUCCCCCAACCCAAGGGGAGUGUUUUUGAGGAAGAUCUUGGAGCCUGUGCGCGUGUGUUUUAAACAAGGUAUGAUUUCCGUACGGUAGGACUCACUUUCUGGGGACAGAUCUGCGGGUUUUGACAGAUGCAGGCACAUGGUCACCAGGGUCCGGGCUCCAAAAGUGUCUGCGUGCCCCUCUGCCCUCCGCCGCCCCACCACCCCUGUUCUUGCCACCAGAGCAGCUUCCGUCCCCAGGGACGUGCCGAUGCUGGCGGGUCCGUGGCCUUUCCGGAGAGGCUUCUCUCACUCAGCAAAUGCAUCUGGGAUUUGUCUAAGCUCUUUACCCGAGCGGAUGGUUUGGGCUUUUCACUCGCUCCCGGCACGGAGGGACCCCACUCGUCCACUUGCCCACUGAACACAUUUGCUUGUCUCCGCUUUUUACUGGUUGUGAAUAGAGCCCUCCGAACAUCCGCGUGCGGGUUCGCGGGUUCAUUUCUCUUGCGUCAGGGCCGAGGUGCGCGACUGCCUGGGACAGGACCGUCUCCCGUUGUGAGAAUCUGCCACACCGUUUUCCAGGGUGGCGCCUGGCUUUUCCCACCCAGCGGCCGCAGGAGGGUGGAUUUGCAGGCGGCCCUGCCACCUGAGGGCCGUGCAGAAGCGUCUCGCGUCUCGGAGCGGCUCCCCCUUCCUGUCCCCGGGCUGGUGGGCGUGUUUUCACGUGCUUACUUUCCUCCUGAUGUUUUCUUUGGUGAAGUGGUUUUUCAAAUCCUUGCCUGUCUUUUUUUGUUUUUUUCUAACUUGGAUUGUUUGUUUUUCUUAUCAUUGCGUCUGUCUCGAGAGUUCUUUAUACACUCAGGAUUUAAGCCCUUUAUCAGAUGUGUGUUUUGAAAAUAUUUUCAUGGGAAGGCUUUUCCUGUGUUGUACCCAGUGACUCUGGGGCCUGGCCGCACUCGGAAGCACCCCCCUCCCACCCUCCACCCACCCCAGCGGGGGGACCCUUCCACUCUGAAGCACUCAGUGGUGUCGGCCCUCCCUGGGACCCCUGCCCCCGAUCAGAGGUGUCGGGGCGCUGUGCCCCCGAGGACACGGGGUGAUCGCAAGUAGUGUCUCUGGGUGCUCUGCGUGUGUGCACACAAGAAGUCCCUGGGGAGCCCCCCCCAGCCCAUGGCGCCUCCCUGGCGAUGCUCACGCCUACAGGCUUAUGCAACCCUUGAUAAGGUGGUUGUGAUACCAUAAUCCACCCAGACUGGCGGGUCAGCUCCACCCUCCAGACGGGCUGCUGGAGGCCCAGUUGGUGGCUGGGUAGGGGGCGGCGGGGUCCAGAGUGAGGGGCACCCAGGCCUCCGACGUCCCCUCGGUCACAGCUGGCCCGGGCAGGCUCUGCUCCUAGAGCCAAGUGCCUUCUGAGCCCAGCUGGUGGGCCGGGCUAUAAAGCCUGGCCUCCUGGGGCCCGACCGAGCCCGAGGGCAGACAUGGCGGCCAAGUGCAUCCUCCUGGGCCGCGUCCUGGUGCUGCUCUGGGUGUCCGUGGCUUGGGCCGAGGUCCUGGUGCAGCCCGAUUUUGAUGCCAAGAAGUUCUCAGGCCGCUGGUACGUGGUGUCCAUGGUCUCCGACUGCAAGGUCUUCCUGGACAAGAAGGGCCAUCUGCUGAUGUCCUCCAGGGUCGUCAAGGCCACGGCAGGCGGCAACCUCAGCGUCCACAUGGAGUUCCCCCGGGCUGACGGCUGCAACCAGGCGGACGCCGAGUACCUGAGGGUGGGCUCCCAGGGCCACUUCAGAGUCCCAGCCCUGGGCUACCUGGAUGUGCGGGUCGUGGACACCGACUACAGCUCCUUCGCCGUGGUCUAUAUCUACAAGGAGCUGGAGGGGGCGCUCAGCACCAUGGUGCAGCUGUACAGCCGGACCCAGGAAGCAAGUCCCCAAGCCGUGAAGGCCUUCCGGGACUUCUACCCCAUGGUGGGGCUCCCCGAUGACAUGGUGGUCGUGCUGCCCAAGUCAGACACAUGCUCCUCUGGGGACAAAGAGGCUCCCUGACUCCUCGGGAGACCCACCGUGGCCCUUCCCAGGGUGAGCUGGGGCAGCCGGCCUUGUCGUCCUGAGCUGUCUGGACCCACCGCCCCCCCCCCCCGCCCCCGGGCUCCCCUGCCUUGGGUGGCUGCCUCCCCGCCAUCUCUGGGCCUCCCUCUUCUGCUCAAUAAACGUAUUCUGCAGUCUA